UUAUAUCAUCAUCGUUUUUCUUCCUAAACCCUAGAAAUUCAAAAUCAAAAUCAAGAUGUCAGACCACAUUCCAUUUGAAAUUCAAAUGGAAAUCAUGAAAAGGUUUCCUGUUAAAUCAUUAAUUCAGUUUCGAUCGGUCUCCAAAGCAUGGAAGUCUCUCAUCGACAGUUCUGAUUUCAUUAAGCUUUAUAGUGGCCGACAGCAACAUCUACUUCUAAGGUAUGAUCUUCAGUAUAAAUUAGAAGAACCAGAAUAUGUUUCAAUUGUUGAUGAUGAUACUUUCCCCGGACACAAAGUUUCUCCCACUAUUCCUGUGCAACUUAACAUUCUUGAAAAUUCCCGAAUAAUUGGCAACUCUCAUGGGUUGUUGUGUUUGUACGGUUAUUACUAUGGCUGGGGCGGUCGUGUUCACACUGCCGUUCUUUGGAACAUUUCGAUUAGAAAAGCGGUUGAUGUUGUUGUGCCUAAUGUUGCAUAUGGGAAAUAUGCAACCAGUUUGGGUUUCGGGGUUUGUGGUAAGACUAUUGAUCCUAAGAUUGUCAAGGUUACAUAUAUUGCUAGUUGGAAAGAUAUUGAAAGUAUACCUGAUAGCAUCCCUUCGCAAGUUGAGGUUUUUACCGUAAGCACGGGGGCCUGGAGGCGCCCAUAUAGCUGCAAUCUCCCUCGUAAAUCAAUUACGUUUCACUAUGAUCAAGUAGUUGUAGAUGGAGUUCUUUAUUGGAUUGUUUCUGAUCGGAUUACCACUGAUGGUGGUUUUAGGAGCUUAAAUCUGAUUAUUUCAUUUGAUAUAACGAGUGAAGAAUUUAGAGAAAUAAAUCUCCCAGAUGCUUUAGCACACCACCAACCUUAUAAGUUGUCAAUAUCUAAACUAAAGGAGUCUCUUGUUGUGGUUCAAAGCUAUGGAGAGAUCAAUGAUCGUGUUUUUUUUGUAUGGAUGAUGAAGGAUGGCGUUCCAAAAUCGUUUACAAAGAUGUUCACUAUUUGCACACCAGAUGCAACAAUUAUAUCAGUACCGGGAUUUAGGAAGAGUGGUGAACCUAUAAUUGAAAUCUUAGAUGAUUUUUGUCACCCUCAUGAAUAUUGGUCGCUUUUUGUUUAUGAACCCUACUCAAAACACAUCAAUAACAUUGGGAUUAGAGAAUGGUUGUGCUCAUUUUCUUUGUAUAAUUACAUGGAAACACUACUUCUGCAUGAUCAACCUGAUCUUACAACUAAUGACUUUCCCAAUUUUACAGCUGAUGACAUUGAAAGUGGAGAGCAAGAACUGAAUUUCUAGUUUUUCUAGGUUUUAUUUUAAAUUCUGAUUCAACUCUAGCUCUUUUGCUUGUAACAUGUAAGGUAUGUUGUCUGGUUUAUGGUUGAUCACACUUUUCCUGAACACAUGUUUGAUUGAUGAACUGAUUAUGCUAUAUAUGAUAUAGCGGUUGAAGAA